AUGUUCGACCAAAUCGACGAAUUAGCUGAAGAUGCUAGAUGUAUGGUAUUUGUGCUCAUAGAUGAGAUCGAAUCCCUUGGAAUGUCACGCGAUGCAUCAACCAGUCGUGGUGAUCCAGCUGAUUCCAUUCGUGCCGUUAAUGCUUUACUCACUCAGAUUGACAGGAUCAGGCGGAGACCAAAUGUGAUCGUCCUUUGCACAUCAAAUAUGGAGGGUUGUCUUGAUCGAGCGCUGCUGGAUCGAGCCGAUGUCGUUCGUCAUGUAGGACAACCAUCUGCAAACGCUCUGUACACUGUUUUAGCAAAAUGUGUUGGAGAGCUCAUGAGGAUUGGACUUGUUGUCUCUGAUCAACAACUGCCGUCGAUCAGAGAGGUCAAUUCCCUCGAACUAGAGAGUUCCCCUGCGCGUGAACUUAUGGAAUUAGCUACACUGGCUCUAGGCCUAAGCGGACGAUCCAUACGACAGGUUCCAGCGUUAGCAUGGUCCAAGCGGAACUCUGUAUCAUCUUGCCGAUGCUGGUGUUAG